UUCUUCAAUUUUCUUCCUCCGCUAAACCCUUUCUAACCAAAACCCACCUUCAUUUACGCCAUGCUCAAAACAUGGCCAAACAAUGGCCAUUCAGAUUAUUAUCACGUGCUCUCUCACGUGCAUAUUCCUCCCCCACCUCCCCCACCGCCGCCGCGGCGUCCACCACCGCAGACAUUACGCCGUCGUUUCCUCUUAAACAUGUAACUAAAGCAAACUUCAACUCCUCACUCGCAGACCUCAAAGACCAUGUCAGAGCCGCCGAUUUUAUCGCGAUUGACCUAGAAAUGACCGGAAUAACCUCCGCUCCGUGGCGUGAAUUGUUCGAAUACGAUAGAUUUGACGUCCGUUACCUUAAAAUGAAAGAUUCCGCUGAAAAAUUCGCCGUCGUUCAGUUCGGCGUUUGUCCUUUUCAUUGGGACUCAACUUGCCAAUCGUUUAUAGCUCAUCCGUAUAAUUUCUUCAUAUUCCGUGAAGAUAAUGAGUUUUUGUGCCAGGCCACGUCACUGGAUUUUUUAGCUAAAUAUCAAUUUGAUUUCAAUAUCUGUAUACGGGAAGGAGUGUCUUAUUUAUCCAGACGGCAGGAAGAGGAAGAAUUAAGACGAUUGAAUUCGAGAUAUGAGGAUUAUACUAAUUUCAAUGAAGUUAGAGAUGUGCCAUUGGUCGGUAUAACCGAUGUUCUUUUUAGUGAGAGAAUGAAGAACAGAUUGAGUGAAUGGCGUGACGGUUUGAUGAAGAAUAGAAAUGAGGCGGGGGAGUCUCAGUUUGAAACCAUUUUCUAUAAGAUGCGUCCGGCUCUUUGUUUGAGUGGUUUUACUUCGCAUCAGCUUAAGUUGAUUCAGUUGGUAACUAAGAAGCAUUUUAAAGAUCUUGCUUAUGUGGGUGGUAGUCAUAGUUCUUCUGUCCAAGAUUUAGUCGUAUAUGUAGACUCCAAAAAUGACAAAGAUUCACUUAUGGAAGAGGUGAAGGCUGAGUGUCGUAAAAGAGCUGAGAUGAAAAUCAAUAAUACAAUUGGAUUUCGUCAUGUUAUUGAUCUUCUUUCUUCUGCACAGAAAUUGAUUGUUGGUCACAAUUGCUUCCUGGAUAUUGCGCACAUACACAGCAAAUUCCUAGGUCCUCUCCCUCCAACUGCUGAAGAAUUUGUUUCCUCAGUUAACAAGUACUUCCCACACAUUGUUGAUACUAAAGUUCUCUUGAAUGGCGAUAAUGUACUCCUUCAAAGAAUGAAGAAAUCAAGAACAUCACUCUCAUCAGCCUUUUCUCUACUAUGUCCAAAAAUUGCUGCAGGUUCACAGAAGGGCAGUGAUCUGGAUUUUCGUCCAUCUGUUAAUGUAGAGGUUCAAGUGGACGAUACAAGAUCCUCCAGUUGGAGAUCUGGAGUCAAACAUGAAGCUGGAUAUGAUGCUUUUAUGACAGGGUGUGUCUUCGCUCAGAUAUGCAGCCACCUCGGCGUCGAUUUUAAGCUCCAUUCAUCUUCCGAGAAUCUGGCCCAUAAUGAAAAGCUCCAGAAGCACAUCAACCAUCUGUAUCUAAGUUGGAUUAAUUGGGACAUUAUUGAUCUAAGAACCGGUAGUAGAGUCGUAGAGUCCUCAGGAUCUAACGGCCUCAGAAAGCGACAUACAAACGUGUUGUUUGAGAAUACUGUUUUAAUCUGGCGAUUUCCAUCUAGACUCAAGGCAGGAGCGAUAAAAGAUUGCAUAUGUAAAGUCUUCGGCCCAAACUCUGUUACAUCCAUCUUUCAUGUUGAUGAAACUGCAGUAUUUGUUCAGUUCAAUAAGCCAGAGUUGGUCUCGGAAUUUUUAGUUCUGAAAGAAUCCUUGGACAGAAGUAAUGAUCCUAUCUCUGUUUUGCAUCCUCUAUCAAAAUUACUGGAAGGUGGAAAUACGUGUGCGGCUGGUUAUGAAACUUAUAAAGAGAUCUGCAGUUCACCGAUCUCUAAAGUCCGUUUUGCAGAUCAAGCGGAGGCGAUUGGUAUUAAAUGGAAGACUAAGUUGGUAGAGGCUCAGGCGGAGGAGACAACAACUGCUAAAUCAACUUCUGCGAAAAAGAGUGAGGUAGGCAAUCAACAUGCAAGAGACAAUGGAUCGAGUACAACGGAUCGAUUAUUGUCUGAUGAGGUUAUUGAAUGUUUUUAUGCUGCUGAAGGUAAGCAGAGGGCAAGUACUCAAUUGUGAUACUAAUUUGCUAACAUCGUUUUUGACUAGAAAAUCUUAAACAAAUUUGUAGUUCUGUACAAGGUAUUAGUUGAAAUCAUUUUAAUUCUUUAAAUACAAAUCUCACAUUGGUGUAAA